UUUUGCUAAUUGACAAUUAAUAACAAAAUGUCAAUUGUGUGUGCGGUAUCUAGAAUUUUACAAACAAAAACAAUAAUAAGCAUCAAUCAAAAGUGCUUUACUCGUGCUUUUUCAAUAUUGCCACGAUCAAAUAAAAAUCAGGAUAGUAAUUUCAAAAGGAAAUAUUUUUUUCGGAGUGUUUUAUCAGUAGCUGCUGGUGUUAUAGGUUAUGUGAGUUUAAAUGAUAAAGUUAAAAGUGCUGUGCCGUUGUCUGGAAGACGGGAUCAAUUUAACUUUAUUGCCGAUGUCGUGGCUGUGUCUGCUCCUUCAGUUGUGUAUAUUGAAAUACAAGAUGGAAGAAGAUUCGACAUAUACUCAGGCAAACCAAUUCCUAUUUCAAAUGGCUCUGGCUUUAUCGUGAAGGAAGAUGGGUUGAUACUUACAAAUGCUCAUGUUGUUAUUAAUAAACCAAAUGCUGUUGUAAAUGUAAGAUUAAUGAAUGGCUCCAUUCACACAGGAUUUGUGGAAGAUUAUGAUGUGAAAUCAGAUCUAGCAACAGUAAGGAUACCUGUAAAAAACCUACCAAUCAUGAAACUGGGUACAUCUGCUGAUUUGCGACCUGGCGAGUGGGUAGUUGCAAUGGGCAGUCCGCUAGCUUUAAGUAAUACUGUGACUGCUGGUGUGAUCAGCUCUACACAAAGGCCCAGUAAAGAGUUAGGACUGCAAGGUAACGACAUGGUGUACAUACAAACAGACGCGCCUAUAACAUUUGGUAAUAGUGGAGGUCCUCUAGUAAACCUGGACGGAGAAGCUAUUGGCAUCAACAGUAUGAAAGUGACCUCCGGAAUAUCAUUUGCUAUCCCUAUUGAUUAUGUCAAAGAUUUCUUGGAAAAGCGCAAAGCGAAAUCACCGAAAGUAUCGAAAAAGUACCUCGGCAUUACACUCCUCUCUCUGACUCCGAACAUAUUGAUGGAAUUAAGAAUGCGUAAUCCAGGGAUGCCGUCGGAUAUUACACACGGAAUCCUGGUUUGGAAAGUAAUCAUCGGUUCACCUGCUUAUAUUGGCGGACUUCAGCCGGGCGAUAUAGUUACUCACAUAAAUGGUACCCCAGUCAACAGUGCCACAGAACUGUACGACAUUUUAGAAAAAUCAUCGGGAAAACUUAGUCUGCAAGUGGUGCGAGGAGUACUUCGAAUUACAAUUAUUGUUACACCCGAGUUACAAUAUUAAAUAAUGCGUUAA